CUGUAAAGUCGUUCGAUCGAACAUAUUCCAAACGAUUGGUACAACUCUUACAUUUACGUGCCGUCGCUUAGUAAUGUAGGAGAAAAAAAUUAUUAAAAUAUAUAAAUUAAAGUGUAAUAGUGUGAGAGUGCGAGGCAAACACACGUGCAUUUGCGGGCCAAUAGCACGGUGCGCUUGCAAUCUUAUUGCUGUGCAGAAGUAUAGAGAAGACGAGCAUACAACGCAAAAGUGUAAUGAAAAGUAUAAAGAAUGACUUGUCAAAGAGAAUAACACGAAUUUGUUGGAGGCAGUAACGCGCGGCGUGGUGAAUAAAUAUAAGCGCGAACGAGAAAGCAAUGAAAUAUUUAAGUGGGCAAAAACGAGAAAGCGCUAAAGUCACCACCCUGAGAAGAGAGUUGUUGUAGGGACAACCUCAAACCUAAAAUUUUUUGUAAUUUUCUUGCAACUUAAUAUAAUGCCCAAUUUACAAAUGAAUGGAAACAUACAUGUGCUAAGUUAAUUUCGGUAUUGUUUGAUUUAAGUUAUUGCGAAACAAUAAAUCUGUGCGCUACUGUGCUUGUGUGUGUGUGUCUCUGUGUAUGUAAUAAAAUAAAGAGCAGCAGCAGCCCAAGCAACUACAUAAAUUCAACAAACACAACAACACAAUGAUUAAAAUGGAGACUGACAAAAUGAUGGACGAGACUAACUCCAAUGCACAAGCAUUCACAACCACAAUGCUGUACGAUCCGGUGCGCAAGAAAGACUCAUCGCCCUCAUACCAGACGGAGCGGGAUGUCUGUUUUCAGUACUUCAGACAGUGGAGCGAAUCGGGACAGGUGGAGUUUGUGGAGCAGCUGUUAUCGCAGAUGUGCCACUAUCAGCAUGGACAGAUCAAUGCGUUUCUUAAGCCGAUGUUACAGCGCGACUUUAUAACACUGCUGCCAAAAAAAGGUCUGGAUCAUAUUGCCGAAAACAUCUUAUCGUAUCUGGAUGCGGAGUCGCUAAAAUCCGCCGAAUUGGUGUGUAAAGAAUGGCUGCGUGUUAUAUCUGAGGGUAUGCUGUGGAAGAAGCUCAUCGAGCGGAAGGUGCGCACCGAUUCCCUGUGGCGUGGCCUGGCCGAGCGUCGGAAUUGGAUGCAGCAUCUGUUUAAACCGCGACCGGGACAAAUACAGAGACCGCACUCAUUCCAUCGCGAGCUAUUUCCUAAGAUCAUGAAUGAUAUUGACAGCAUAGAGAACAACUGGCGAACCGGUCGACAUAUGCUGCGUCGGAUCAACUGUCGCUCGGAGAACUCAAAGGGUGUCUAUUGCCUACAGUACGACGAUGGCAAGAUUGUGUCCGGCUUGCGGGAUAAUACGAUCAAGAUAUGGGAUCGUACGGAUCUGCAGUGUGUGAAGACGCUGAUGGGACACACUGGAUCCGUGCUGUGCCUGCAAUAUGACGACAAAGUUAUUAUCAGCGGCUCCAGCGAUUCGACGGUGCGUGUGUGGGAUGUGAAUACUGGUGAAAUGGUUAACACGCUUAUUCAUCACUGCGAGGCGGUGCUACAUUUGCGCUUCAAUAAUGGCAUGAUGGUUACCUGCUCCAAGGAUCGCUCCAUUGCUGUCUGGGACAUGACCUCGCCCAGCGAGAUCACGUUGCGUCGCGUCCUUGUCGGCCAUCGUGCCGCUGUCAAUGUUGUUGAUUUUGAUGAGAAAUAUAUUGUGUCCGCCAGCGGAGAUCGCACCAUUAAAGUGUGGUCCACGUCGAGCUGUGAAUUUGUGCGUACCCUGAAUGGUCACAAACGUGGCAUCGCCUGUCUACAGUACAGAGAUCGUCUCGUUGUUAGCGGCAGCUCCGACAAUUCAAUCAGGCUUUGGGACAUUGAGUGUGGCGCCUGCUUGCGUGUCUUGGAGGGCCAUGAAGAGCUGGUGCGCUGCAUUCGCUUUGAUACAAAGCGCAUCGUCAGCGGUGCCUAUGAUGGUAAAAUUAAGGUAUGGGAUUUGGUUGCCGCUCUCGAUCCGCGUGCCGCCUCCAAUACGCUGUGCCUAAAUACCCUCGUGGAGCAUACUGGUCGCGUUUUUCGUCUGCAAUUUGAUGAAUUUCAAAUUGUCAGCAGCUCGCAUGAUGAUACUAUUUUGAUAUGGGACUUUCUAAAUUUUACGCCCAAUGAGAAUAAGACCGGCCGAACACCAUCACCGGCGCUUAUGGAACAUUAACAUUUUGUGCAAAGGCAGCUCCGGGAACUUGAGCUGCAUUCCUCAAGUGAUGAGGAGGAGAACGGUGGCGAAAACGAUGAUGAUAAUGAUAAUGAUGAUGGGGAAAAUGGUGAUGAUGAUGAUGACGGCGACGCUGAAUACGACGAUGCAGAUGAUAACAUCGAGCUGGAGGAUAUCGAUCAUGAUUACGUUUAUUCCCCACCAAAACAUCGUCAUAAUCGAAAUAAUCCAGCUCUUGAUAAUGCUGAUCACGAUAACUAAUGAAUUAAACACUAAGCCAGCAAAUAGCAUUGUAACUCGUCCAUUAAAUUAUGUUGAACCCAA